AUGUCGGCUCGCGUGUUCUUAGCUUACGCCCACAGCUACCCCAAGGCCCUUGCAGACAACGCCUGGGACAACACCGGACUGCUGCUCGAGGCUCCCUUUGUCCCUUCGCGUCGCCAGUCGAACACGGUCCUCCUCACAAUCGACCUCACCAGAGCUGUCGCCGACGAGGCCAUUGCCCUAAACUCGUCCAUCGUGAUCGCCUACCACCCCAUCAUAUUCCGAGGCCUCAAGUCCCUCACCCUCGCAAACUCGCAACAACAGACCCUCCUUCGCCUCGCAAGCCAUGGAAUCAGCGUCUACAGCCCCCACACCGCCGUUGACGCCGCGCCCGGCGGGCUGGGAGACUGGCUGGCCGACAUCGUAACAGGCACAAAAACAUCCUACGACGCCUCUCCCUCCGCCGCCGUGACGCCAGCACUCCAAACCGAAGGCUCACACGAUUCCUUUGUACAGAAGGGAGCGGCGACACUGUCCGUCCAGCGACCCACCUUCCAACUGCAGCACCACCCCAGCCAGACCACCCUCCGUCUCUCCAAGGACCCGCCCAAAACAACAUCAAUCCCGCACACGCGCCGCCCCGUCGUGCCCCAGUCUCCUGAGAUCAAAACCCAUCCCGGCGCAGGUAUGGGUCGCAUCGUGGAGUUCCACGACGCCCAAGCCCUCCCCACGCUGCUGGACCGAAUAGGCAAAGGUCUCAACAAUCCCAAAGGCUUCCCGAUUGCAAUUCCACAGGACGCCACUAUUGCCGACAUCAAGAUCCGCAGCGUCGGCAUCUGCGCCGGUUCCGGGGGCUCGCUGCUAGCGAAUCUGGACGUCGAUCUGCUGUUCACGGGGGAGAUGAGCCACCACGAAGCGCUGGCGGCGAUUGAGAAGGGCCAGGUGGUCAUUAGUCUGUUCCACAGCAAUUCCGAGCGCGGGUUCCUGGCUGAGGUGCUGCGCGAGCAGUUGGAGGACACGAUUGAGGGCGAGUGGCAGGCGGUGCGGGACGAGGACAAGGGCGAUGAGUCGCUGGAGGAGGCGUUGGCGGACGAUGGCUUCGAGGUCGCGGUUAGUCAGGUGGACAGGGAUCCGUAUGGGAUCGUGGUGCUGAAGGGCGAUGCGGAAGAGGAUUCAUGA